GCGGGUGCUAUUGGGAGCGAGAUCCCAAAACCGAAAGGUGGAGGGCGAGGGAAUUGAACGAAACCAUUUACUAAUAUAUCUUUAUUUUCCUCCUCGUUCGUGCUUCCUUCUUCUUCCGUUCUCGAUUCGCUUCUUCUCUUUGAAAACCUCGCCAAAUCUAAUCGAUCCUUCUCUCUUAUCUACUUUUCAAAUUCGCCAUCCUCGUCCCCUCUGUCCCGCUACGAACGCAAAUUUAGAUUCAAACUCACAUUCACUUUUCCUCCUCGUCAGCUUCAUCCUUUCCGAUUUGAGAUCUGAUCCUGUUUUCAUUCAUUUCCUUCGUUUGAAAGGAGAACUCAUUUGUAACUGAUUGAUGCGCUAAUUGUAAUUGCACCUUGUUCCUCCCUCUGCCGAAUCGGAAGAUGGGAAUAGUGUUUACGAGAUUGUUUUCGUCUCUUUUUGGUAACAAGGAAGCUCGAAUCCUCGUUCUCGGCCUCGACAAUGCCGGCAAAACCACCAUUCUAUAUCGGCUUCAAAUGGGUGAAGUUGUCUCCACCAUUCCAACAAUUGGGUUUAAUGUUGAAACAGUGCAGUAUAACAACAUUAAAUUUCAAGUCUGGGAUUUAGGAGGGCAAACAAGUAUCAGGCCAUAUUGGAGGUGUUACUUUCCAAAUACUCAAGCAAUAAUCUACGUUGUUGAUUCAAGUGACACUGAUAGGCUUGUGAUAGCUAAGGAGGAGUUCCAUGCAAUUCUGGAAGAGGAAGAACUGAAAGGUGCGGUUGUUCUCAUUUUUGCAAACAAACAGGACCUUCCUGGUGCACUUGAUGAUGCUGCAGUGACGGAAGCCCUAGAGUUACACAAGAUUAAAAAUCGCCAAUGGGCUAUUUUCAAAACUUCUGCCAUAAAAGGCGAAGGACUUUUUGAGGGCCUGGACUGGUUGAGCAAUACACUCAAAUCUGGAGGUGGCUAAAGGUGUCGGCUUCAACGAGGUAGAUUGAUUGAUGAAUUCAGAAGGUUGACAUGCGUAUUUUGGUAUCACUUUCACUGUGAAUGAUGUGAUGUUAUAAUAAUAUGAUUAUUAAAGUGCGUACACAUGUAUUUUAUUCCGGUUUUGGUGUUUAAAGAUUAAAGGUAUGAAUGUUGGUCAUUUGUCGUCUCUUUCUUGGGUCCUUUCUUUCUUUUUUAUAAAAUUCUUAAGUCCUUUUUUCUGCUCUAGUAGUGGUAGCUGACUUAGCUUCCAAGUAAAAGCUUCUCUUCUCAUCUGUGUAAUCGGGCUACAUGGCACGUGAUUAAUGUGCUUGGAGAGUCCCUGUAUCCAUGCGUAUCCAUGAGAUAGUUUUGUCAAUGACAUGUUGGUCAUGGUUGUCCCUUUCUCGAGUCCUUUUUAUUAUUAUUAUUUUAAGUUCGUUUCUACAAUAGCAGUAGUGGACUAGGCUUCCAAGGAAAACUCUAUCUUCUAAUCUGUGUAAUCGAGCUAUAUGGGUUUACGCGUG